UCCAGCCGCAACCACCGACGGGAGAGGGUUGUCCUGCCACGCGCCAGCUGUGAAAAUCGGACCCAUCUGAUAAGCAGACGAAAAAACAGUGGCACGAUAAGCUACGAAAAUGGUGGAACUGGGAGAAAGUACAGGGCGAGAAGCAUCAACAUAAAUACGUCAACAAGAAUACGAAAGAAAAGGAGAAAGCUGAUUAUAAGGCCGGGCGACAAGAAGAAGGAAGAAUAAACAACAAGAAAACAGGAAAAGAAUAAAAAGAAGCAGAAUGGCGUUCGUGGAAGACCCUGGCACGGACGAGUUCAUGGGUUUUGAUCUUACCCAACUGAAGGUGGACCAGGCUUACCUCAGGGUGGACUCCGUGAACACAGAAACCACGAACCUGUACAGCCUUAGCGAAGCGUGUUAUGGGUGCCCCUAUCAGCCCUUACUGACAGUGGAGGGCGGCACCUACACCACCAACACCACCCUCUCCACCCACCACCGAUGGAACUUCCUCCUCACCACGGCGGAUGACACUUACCUACCGGCAGACUCGACAGGUCAGUGCAAGGUGUCGGGGGUCAAGCUGGGGGAGUUCGGUGUGUAUGUCCUGAACAUUACGGAUGUAAGCUGCGAAUUCGACACGCUCAAAACUCCCGUCUUCGAGUAUGGAGCCCUCGUGAUCUCUUUCGCUGCCUACGCCGGGUUGGCCCUUCUGGCUGUGGGACUGCUUGCCCUCCACCGCCACGUCAGCAAACGCAUAGCUCGCAAUGCAGACUCUGAUUCACAGGUGCUCGGGCUACAGAUGGCACCCUCUGCCAACGCAGCGUCAUCUACCUCUAUAGAAAAGGACCCCCCGAAGCCCCCUGCUAAGCCCCGGGUAAAGUCACUGGACACCUUUAGAGGCAUCAGCAUCGUACUCAUGAUCUUCGUGAACUACGGUGCUGGCGGUUAUUGGUUCCUGGAGCACGCCACCUGGAACGGCCUGCAGUUGGCUGAUCUUGUGUUCCCAUGGUUUAUGUGGAUCAUGGGCGUGUGUAUUCCUAUGGGCUUGUCCUCCGCCCUUCGCCGCAAGACUCCUCGCUUCACCAUUUUUGCCAGAAUACUGAAGCGUUCCAUCAAGCUCUUCAUCCUGGGCAUCAUCCUCAACUCCCUUGGUGGCUGGAUCUCGCUCGACAAAUACAGAAUACCUGGAAUCCUUCAGAGGUUCGGUGCCUGUUACCUUGUCACCUCCUCCAUCGCUCUCGCCUUCACGCCCGACCAGCCCAAGCAGUACCAGAGUGACGUGGGCAUCGCCAUGAGUGAUGUGCUGCAGCUCCUCCCUCAGUGGGGGAUGCACCUCCUCCUCCUGGCAGCCCACACCCUCAUCACCUUCCUCCUUCCUGUCCCUGACUGUCCAACUGGUUACUUGGGCCCUGGAGGUGUUGCACUGCUCCAGGAUGGUGUCUCCUCCCCAAAAUGUAUCGGGGGUGCGACCGGGGAAGUGGACAGGUGGCUGCUGACCUCCAGCCACAUCUACCAGAACCCGACAGCCAAGUUUGUCUACGGCUCAGCCGCCUUUGACCCUGAGGGAGUGCUGGGCACCUUGACAUCUAUCUUCCAAGUGUUCCUGGGGUUCCAGGCAGGGAUGGUCCUGCAAGCUCACACCAGUCACAAAGCAAGACUGGUGCGCUGGGUGGUCUGGGGUGUGCUGAUGGGGGCGUUGGGGGCUGGCCUGUGUGGUGCAUCCAUGAAUGACGGUGUGAUACCCGUCAACAAAAACCUAUGGUCCAUGUCAUUCGUGUUUGUCACCUCCUGCUUUGCAUUCCUCCUGCUGGCCUUCUGCUACCUGCUGGUGGAUGUCUUGGGUGUCUGGACAGGCACACCUUUCUUCCAGGCAGGCAUGAACAGCAUCUUCCUGUAUGUGGGGCACAAUGUCACGUACAACCUUUUCCCGUGGCACUACAAGAUUGGCCCCAUGAACACUCACCUUAGCAUCCUCAUUGAGACGCUCUGGGGCACCACCCUCUGGGUCAUCACCGGCCUCUAUAUGCACCACAAAAGAAAGUUCUACACCGUCUAGGUACCUUUUUUCUUCCUUUUAAUAUCCUGUUAAGGUCGAUAAUAAUUCUGAGGUCUCAUAUGUCAGAGCACUGUAAUGAUUUACUUCGGUUAUUAUACAAAGACAUAUAAAAAUAUAAGUAUAUUCUUGCCUGAAAGCAAAUUAAUGGGUUCAGAAUGAUAAUCUUUUGUAUUAAAGGGUUAAUAUUGUACUAAUGUUACAUCAGCCUGGCUCAGUCCAAAGUAAGGUUAUCAGGCCCAAAUCUGAUAUAUUAUUUAAAUAUACCUACUGUGAAAACGAUUUUUGUACAUUGGUAAACAUUGUCCACAUUCACAUUUCAUUGCUGUAUGGCUCCCUGGUAACAUAGGAGAUUAACAGCCUAUUCCACAUUAAUAAAGUAUUUAUUUUCA